CGCGUCUGUUGGAAGGCCGGCAAUGGCAUCGCGGCAUGGCGUGGUGCAGCCUCAACCCUCAACUGAACGCCAAAAAUGAAUCAUUUCAAACUGGUAAUUCGACGAGUACUGACACGAGUUUGGUUUGGUGCUCACGACCAGAAGGUAGUGCUGAAGAAGUUUUGAAACAACGAGAUUCUCUCUGUACGCGCGCGCGCAAGAAACAGAACAGGAUGUGGAGUGCAUUUUUCGUGUUAAUGGCAGCAGCGAUGCCGCUUCUGCUUGGAGUGCAACAGGUGGAAGGAUUCCUAUUGGUGGAGUACCUGAUCGGUGGGUGGAAAACCAACGUUGGACAGUAUCCACACAUGGCAGCGUUGGGCCGAUCGGCGGCGAACGAUACCUUUGAGUGGUUCUGCGGAGGGACUCUGAUCAGUGAGGAGUAUGUCCUUACGGCUGCGCACUGUGCUAACAGUCGAAUGUUUGAACCCCCGACGCUAGUCCGGCUGGGUGAGUACGACCUGAGCGCCGAUGACGACAGUGACCAUGAGGAUGUGGAAAUUUCCGAAAUAGUGCAUCAUCCGGCCUACAACGGCGUGCAGGCGUACAAUGACAUCGCGCUGAUCCGGCUCAAUCGGAGCGUCACCUUCGGACGCUUCAUCAAACCGGCUUGCCUGUGGCGGCAGCAGACGCUACCUCCGGGGAAGCUCACCGCCAUCGGGUGGGGCCAGCUGGGAUACAGUGAGUAUUGUUUAAUUGGGUAUCUAGAACGCAUAGUUUAUGUGACAACUAUAUGAUUACGGCUGGGAAUUUCCCGCAUGGAGCAUAGUAUCUAUAGAUGAGCAUGACAAGCAUAUUACAAUAUUCGGAUCAUUGUUAGAGCUCUGCUUUCAAAGUAGGGUAGCGACGCUAAUUCAAACGUAUAAAUGGGAACUUUAUUUUGCGUAGAAUAAUAAGAGGGAUUUUAAACUUUUCUAAUUUACUACGGGGUUUCCUGUUUCAAUGAACAUGCUACACCACCAUUGUUGGUGGAAGUACUAGGGAAAUUUCUAAGGGGUUUUACACGCAGAAACGGAAUUGCUGAAGCUUAUUAGGCGUACGAUUUCUGAGUAAUAGUGUCUGAAAGAGCAUAAAACUUA